AUGAAGGCGAGCUUCCAGCCGGGUUUCGGGUCCGAAAUCGAGUCGGCCCGGGAAGCGAGCCGGAGGAGCGCCGCGUCGUCGCCGUCGCCUUCGGCCGGGAAUUGGGUCGCCGGCGGCAGCGGGCCGGUUGUACGGUUCUUGAUUGUGGGUCUUGUGAGUGGUUUGCUAGGAGGUAGUAAAAUAGGGUCUGAAAUUAUUGUUGCCGUUGUUGUGUUGGCGGUGGUCGGUGCUGACGUGGCGGCGGAGGUGGUGGAGUUUCGGGUGAGAGUGAGAAUGGCGGCGAGGUGUAGAGAGAGGAGAAGAGCACAGACAAGGAGGUUAAUGCUAGUCACCAAAUUAUGA